AUGGAAAUCAGGCGCCGAGAGCCGAGCCGGGCAGUCACACGGCAAGUACUGUUGUUUCCCUUCUUAUUCUCUUUGUUCUGCCGGGCGGUCUCGGAGCAGAUUCGUUAUUCCAUACCUGAGGAAAUGGCCAAAGGUUCCCUUGUGGGGAAUCUCGCCAAGGAUUUGGGAUUAAAUAUCAGAGAACUGCAGCAGCGGAAGCUCCGUGUCAGUUCGGAAAAGCAAUACUUCAGUGUGAAUGGGGAAAAUGGCAACCUGUAUGUGAAUGGCAGGAUAGACCGGGAGGAGAUAUGCGGGGAGACACCCCUUUGUGUCCUGACACUCGAAACGGUGGUGGAAAAUCCUUUAAAUGCUUUCCAUGUGAAUGUAGCAAUCCAGGACAUUAAUGAUAAUGCCCCGCGGUUCAUCAAGAGUAACAUCGGAUUAGAAAUCACUGAGUUAGCAGUACCGGGUACGCGAUUGCCCCUCCGACAAGCGCAAGAUCCAGAUACAGGGAUCAACUCAGUACAGAGUUACCAGCUCAGCAAGAGCCCGCAUUUUACCCUGGCUGUGAAGGAGAGCACGGAUGGAAAUAAAUACCCAGAAUUAGUGCUGGAAAAAUCUUUGGAUCGGGAAAAACAAAGUUCCCAUCACUUGAUCCUGACGGCCGUGGAUGGCGGAGAUCCAGUCAAAUCCGGGACGGCUCAAAUUAGGGUUAAUGUCACUGAUGCCAAUGACAAUCCUCCCGAAUUUACUGAGGAGAUCUACAAAGUCAGUCUGAGGGAAAACCUACCUCGGGGCUCCUUCGUGCUUCAGGUGAAAGCCACGGAUAAGGAUGAAGGGGUACAUGCCCAAAUCACAUACUCAUUCAGCAACGCGAAGGAAAAUGCUCGUACAGUAUUUCAUUUAGAUCCCGAGAACGGAAGAAUUACAAAUAGAGAGUAUUUGGAUUUUGAAGAAACAAACACAUACAUGCUAGAAGUGGAAGCCAGGGAUGGGGGUGGACAAACUGCUCACUGCAAAAUUCAAAUAGAAAUAUUUGACGAGAACGACAACGCCCCGGAAGUGACAUUAACAUCCGUGUCCAGCCAAAUACCGGAAGACUCAGUGCGCGGGACAGUGAUAGCUCUGAUCAAAGCCCAUGACCGAGAUACCGGAGAAAACGGACAGGUCACCUGUUACAUUCCAAAGAGUCUGCCAUUUACAAUAGUGUCCUCUUCUCGCAAUUAUUAUAAAAUCGUCUCGGAAUCUUCUCUGGACAGGGAAAAGACCCCGGAGUACAAUAUCACAAUCACCGCCACAGACAACGGCUCUCCCCCCCUCUCCACCCAGAAAACCAUCCUGGUGCAGAUCUCGGAUAUCAAUGACAACGCCCCUGUCUUUGAGAAACCUUCCUACACCGCCUAUGUGCCAGAGAACAAUCCCUCGGGGGUCUCUAUUUUCAGUGUAAAAGCCUCAGACCGGGAUCUGGACCGGAACGCCCGACUCACUUACUCCAUCCUGAGCAGCAACCUCCAGGAGCUGCCUCUCUCCUCCUACAUCUCCAUUAACUCCCAGACCGGAGCUAUCUAUGCGCAGCGCUCCUUCGACUACGAGCAAUUCCGGGAGUUUGAAGUGCAAAUGAAGGCCCAAGACGGCGGAUCCCCGCCUCUCAGCAGCAAUGUCACCGUCAGGGUGUUUAUUCUGGAUCAGAAUGAUAACGCCCCUCGCAUCCUGUACCCUUCCCUCGGAGCCGAUGGCUCUGCCUUGUUCGAGAUGGUCCCUCGCUCGGCCGAGGCAGGUUAUCUGGUGACUAAGGUGGUGGCGGUGGAUGCUGACUCAGGACACAAUGCUUGGCUCUCCUACCACCUGCUCCAGGCCACGGAACCGGCGCUCUUCAGCAUGGGGCUGCACACCGGGGAGAUCCGGACAGCCCGCGCCUUUGCGGACAGAGAUGCUGUGAAGCACAGGCUGGUCACCCUGGUGAAGGAUAACGGGCAGCCGCCUCUCUCCGCCACAGUGACUCUCAACCUGGUGUUUGCCGAGAACUUCCAAGAGGCUCUUCCGGAAAUGAGCGACCAAUCGGGUGACUCGGCACCUCAGUCUGAUUUACAGUUUUACUUGGUGCUGGCUUUAGCCCUGAUCUCAUUUUUGUUCUUCCUGACAGUGAUACUGGCCAUUGUGAUGAAAUUGAAAACGUCAAGGAAACCCAAACUACUUCAGUGUUUUGGUCCUGAGCCUUAUUCCAAGACUGGCUCGGUGUUUCCACCCAACUAUGAAGAUGGGACUUUGCCUUAUUCCUACCAGCUGUGUUUGUCCUCAGACGCCAGGAAGAAUGAUUUCACUUUCCUGAAAUCGAAUGUGCAGAUGGACGGGAAUAUUCUGUGCAGUGACAGCUCAGGGACGGUAUUCAUGGGCAAUGGAACUAGCAGCUUACAUGGUGGGACGGAGACUGCUGGGGAGGUGAGUUUCUGUUUUGAUGCCUCAUGUGCUAUCUUUAUAGAGAGUAUGCAGUCAUUGUGA